AUGCGUCUUGAAAUUUGCUGUCUUAUCUGGCUUGAUUCAAAUAUGACUGCCAAAGAAAAUCGAGACACAGAACAAAGGCUUCGCUCUAUUAUUAAUCGUUAUAAAAAAUUUCAAGAUGUAAAAGAAUGUCAAACAUAUAUUGAACAUCAAUCACAACAAGAUCGCAUAGUUAUGAUUACGAGUGGUAGUUUAGGGCAAGAAAUAGUUUCUUCAAUUCAUAAACUUCGACAAGUUAUAUCAAUUUAUGUGUACUGUAUGGAUAAACAGCGGCAUAAACUAUGGGCUAACAAAUUUCCAAAAGUAAAAGCUAUUAUAACACAAGUUGAUGAACUUAUUUCUUGUAUUAAAGUUGAUCAUAACAUUCUGAAAAUCGUGGAAGAACCAUUAGCAAUUAAUAUAUUUACUACAGGCACAUCGACAGGUGGCGUAAAUGGUCAAUUUAUAUUUUCACAAGUGCUUAUUGAUUGUCUUCUGCGAUUGAAAUCUACUAGUAAAGAUCAAACUGAACUUAUUACGAUUUGUAAAAAGGUAUAUGAAGGUAAUACUUUUGAAAUGACCAAUCUUCAUGAAUUUGAAAAUAAAUAUUCGCCUACAAAAGCCUUAUGGUGGUACACACGAGAUACAUUCUUUUACAAGGCAAUUAAUGCAGUUUUACGUAGCGAAAAUAUUCAUAUGAUAUUUUUAUUUCGUCAGUUUAUUUCUGAUAUUCAACACCAAUUAAAAGAAAAUCAAGUUAAAUUUCCCAUAAAAGUUUAUCGAGGUCAAAUGAUAUCAAGUGAUGAAUUAAAACGUUUGAAAGAACAUUGUGAACAGUUUAUUUCAAUGAAUUCAUUUAUUUCUACUAGUACUGAUGAGCAACAAGCUCGUGUCUUCCUCAGUGUUCCUAAUGGUGCAGUCGAUUUAGAGUCUGUAUUAUUUGAAAUUGAAGCCGAUCCUAGCACGGUGACUACAAAACCAUUUGCUGAUAUUAGUCAAGAUAGUGAAUAUCCUGGUGAAUCAGAAAUACUUUUUAUGCCUGGUUCAAUUUUUCGAUUGGAGAGUGUCAUGCAAAGCAGUGAGAAUUCUAUAUGGAUUGUUCGAAUGAAAUUAUGUAGUGAUGAUGAUCAUCAUUUAAAAAAAGUUCUUACACAUAUGAAACAGCAACUUGGAAAUGAACAUACAAAUCUUCAAACAUUAGGGCGACUACUGUCAGACAUGAGUAAAUUUGAUUUGGCUGAAAGAUACUUCGUGCGCUUGUUAGAAGAAUUGCUGCAAAAUGAUCCUUUACGUAUAGAUUUGUAUCAAGAUCUUGCUAGAGUAGCAUCACAGACCAGUAAAUUUGAUCAAUGUAUGGAAUGGCGUCAACAGGCUAUUGCACUGGCAGAACAAACAGUGAUUUCUGAUAUUCCUUUAAAUGCAAAAUGGGCACAGAAUGGCGUCACUGUAGCUGGUGGUCACGGAAAGGGCAAUGCUACUAAUCAGCUCUACUAUCCUGAAGGUAUUUUCAUUGAUGAUGAUCAAACGAUAGUCAUCGCUGACUGCUGGAAUCAUCGUAUUGUCCAAUGGAGAACAGAUAAUACGAAUGAAGAAGUUGUAGCUGGUGGUCAUGGUCAAGGAAAUCGUUUAGAUCAAUUGAAUUGUCCAACUAAUGUGCUGAUCGACGAAAAGACGAAUACUUUGAUUAUCUCCGAUCGAGGAAAUCGACGAGUGGUACGUUGGUCUCGUCGCAAUGGCACUAGACAGGGAGAAAUCCUUAUCGAAAAUAUCGAAUGUUGGGGAUUGGCCCUGGAUAAUCAGAGAAAUCUCUAUGUUUCUGACGUCGAAAAUCAUCAAGUCAAAAAAUAUGGUAUAGGAAACAAGAACGUAAUUCUUGUAGCUGGUUACGGAUUAGGAAGUUUAGCCGAUCAAUUAUGCUUUCCAAGUUGCAUCUUUCUCGAUCAGCAACAGGAUUUAUAUGUGGCAGAUACCCAAAAUAAUCGCGUGAUGAAAUGGAAUAAAGGCUCGCAGGAAGGAACUCUUGUUGCCAAAUACUCUAUUUUGUUCAACUUACUGACAUACUCCAUGUCUCCUGUAGGGCUGUUCGUCGAUGGACAAGGUACCCUCUAUGUAGCAGAGUCGGGGAAUAAUCGAGUGACGCGUUGGCCUCAAGGAUCAAACCAGACCACUAUCAUUGUUGGUGGAAAUGGUUACGGAGAAGCAGCUAAUCAGUUUCAAAAUGUCCGUGGUUUAUCUUUUGAUCGCCAUGGAAAUCUCUUUGUCGUCGAUGGAGGUUCAGGAUUCUGGGGAGGCAAUCAUCGUGUUCAACGUUUUUCUAUCGAAUAA